CCAGCAGUGCUAAAGCUAAAGAGAACAGACUACAUAAGUAGUUUUAAGAAUUGACGCACUCGUGUUUGCAGAAACUGGCACAACUCUGAAUUUUGAAUAAACGUAAAAAGUCGUGAUUAUUAUAGAUCAAAAUGAGCAAGGCGCAUCCACCAGAGCUCAAGAAAUAUAUGGAUAAGAGAUUGUCUCUGAAACUAAAUGCAGGACGACACGUCACCGGCAUAUUGAGAGGUUUCGACCCGUUCAUGAACAUGGUUAUAGAUGAAACCAUAGAGGAAUGCAAGGAUGGCACCAAAAACAACAUCGGAAUGGUGGUAAUCCGUGGCAACAGUGUCAUAAUGUUAGAAGCUUUAGACCGAAUAUGAUUUGUGUUACUAGAACUUGAGUUACCUUUGACAUACAUACUUUUAAAUAAAUAAGCAAACUUU